CUCCCUCGUCCCCCGUUUUUUUUUUUCUAAUUUUCUUUUUUGAAAUUAUUCGGAGCGGCGCGCACGGAAGCAAGGGAGGAAAACGGGACGAUUUUUCUCCCUCUUUUUUUCUCUCUUUUUCCUUUUCACGUAACAACGUGCCUUGUGGAAAUAACGCGCAUCCACGAGUGUGGGUGCUGGAGGAAGGAGGGAGGGAGUGGGGGGCGGGGGGAGGCUCAUCAAGUGAAGUGAGGACCCGGACGGGACCUGCUGCAUUGUCUCCGCCAUGAAUCUCUGAGACCCAACCGUCCUAGUUGACUUGUGUUUGGUGACGGAAAAAAAAAAAAAAACGAGCGGAGAGGCGCCAUCGCCAUGGAAGUGAAGGAACGCCGACCGUACCGCUCGCUGACCUCGGCCCGGCAGGAGCCCCCCGAGCGGCGCUACACCAGCUCGUCGGCCGACAGCGAGGACGGCAAAGCCCACCCGAGGUCGUACAGCUCCACCGAGACCCUCAAGGCCUUUGACCACGACGCCCGCAUGGCGUACGGCAACCGCGUCAAGGAGCUGGUGCACCACGAAGUGGAUGAGUUCGGCCGGCAAGGUCCCGACUUCUCUCUGCGAGACCUCGGCUUCGGGGACGCCCUCCCGUCCGCCCACCAUGGGGCGGCCUACCGAGGCGAGCUGGGCCUGGCGCACCGCGAAUACUCUGUCAGCGUGGGCUCGGACGCCGACACGGAGACGGACGGCGUGGCGAACUGGCUGCACGCCGUUCGGCUGUGGGGCCGCAGCGGCGGCGGCGGCAACCCCAAGUCGGGCCGAAGCUCGUGCCUCUCCAGCAGGGCCAACUCCAAUCUGACGCUGACCGACACGGAACAUGAAAACACGGAAAACGGUCCUCCGCUGCUUUGUUCCUCCGCCUCCUCCUCCCCUGUCGAGCAGCCCCCAUACCCUCCCCCUUGCAUCGGGGCCAAUCAGAGCCAGGGGGGGUUGCUAGGUAACAGUGCGGCUCAGCCAGCCCGGGACUCUGACUCGGAGGAUGAGUUUGGCCCCGGUUCAUUCUUAGUUAAAGCUGGCUCGGGGAACCUGUACGCCGCAGCUGCUGACGACGCCGUCUUUCAGAACCACCCUCGGCUGCGCACGCCCCCGCUGCCGCUGUCCCAUUCGCACUCGCCCAACCACCAUCAACACCAUGCGGCCUCCAUCAACUCCUUGAACCGGGGCAACUACACGCCGCGGAGCAACCCCAGCCCCGCGCCCACCGACGGCGGCUCCUCCUUCCAUAAGGUGCUCAAUGACCCAUGCCGUCUGUCCUUGUUGAGCGGAACACUGUAUUUUCUUUGUGCUGCCCCGCACGCGCAUCUCACCAGCGGCUUCAUAUCCAUCUCUCCGCCUGUGUGUAGAAACAUAGCAAAGCAGGCAUUCCUUGAGACUUUACAGGACAACCCCAUUGAGAUGGACAUACUGGCGUCCUCACGCCGCGACGGCGCCUACGACGACGGGCACUUCCUGUUCAAGCCAGGCGGAACCUCGCCCAUGUAUUGCACCACGUCGCCGGGGUACCCGCUGACCUCCAGCACGGUGUACUCGCCGCCCCCGCGGCCCCUCCCCCGCAGCACCUUCUCCCGCCCCGCCUUCAGCCUGAAGAAGCCCUACAAGCACUGCAACUGGAAAUGCGCCGCGCUCAGCGCCAUCCUGGUCUCCGUCACGCUGCUUUUCCUGCUGGCCUACUUCAUCGCCAUGCACCUUUUUGGACUAAACUGGCACCUGAAGCCCACGCAGAGACAAAUGUACCACGUGACGGACGACAAUACGAGUGGGCCACCUUUCCCGACGGACCUGAGCUUGAGGCCGCUCGGCAACACGGGCUUGGAGGUGCCCGAUCGCCGGGGCAAAGACGACAGCAAAUUGGACAGCUUGUUUCCCGACGACAGCUACAUCGACAUGGGCGAGAUCGACGUGGGCCGCAAGGUCGCGCAGCAGAUCCUGCCCGGCGUCUUCUGGCGGUCCCAGAUCUUCGUGGACCACCCCAUGUACAUGAAGUUCAACGUGUCGCUCAGCAAGGACGCCUUAGUGGGGAUCUACGGAAGGAGGGGCCUGCCACCGUCUCACACGCAGUUUGACUUUGUGGAGCUGCUGGACGGCCGGCGACUCCUGGUCCGCGGCCCCCCCGGCCUGGAGGGGCCCGCCGGCUUGCAGCGGAGCCUUGCGGCCGUCGCAACGCAUGACACGGGUUUCAUCCAGUACAUGGAGUCCGGCAUCUGGCACCUGGCCGUCUACAACGACGGCAAAGACAUAGAAACCGUCUCCUUUCUCACCACUGCCGUAGAUUCCGUCGACGAGUGCCCCAGCAGCUGCUUCGGGAACGGCGACUGCGUGGCCGGAACGUGCCACUGCUUCCUGGGAUUCAAAGGCCCCGACUGUGGCCGAGCCGCCUGUCCGGUGCUGUGCAGCGGCAACGGUCAAUACCUGAAAGGUCGCUGCAUGUGUCACAGCGGCUGGAAGGGCUCCGAGUGCGACGUGCCCACCAACCAGUGCGUGGACGUCACGUGCAGUCACCACGGCACCUGCAUCGUGGGCACGUGCAUCUGCAACCCGGGCUACAAAGGCGAGAACUGCGAGGAAGUGGACUGCCUGGACCCGACAUGUUCCGGCCGAGGUGUGUGCGUCCAGGGCGAGUGCCACUGCUUCGUGGGCUGGGGCGGGCAGGGGUGCGAGAGCCCCAGGGCCUCGUGCAUGGACCAGUGCUCCGGCCACGGUGCCUUCCUGGCCGACGCGGGCACCUGCAGCUGCGACGCCAACUGGACGGGCCAUGACUGCUCCACGGAGAUUUGCGCAGCCGACUGUGGCGGCCACGGGGUUUGCGCGUCGGGCACCUGUCGCUGCGACGACGGCUGGAUGGGGGCCGGAUGCGACCAAAGGGCGUGUCACCCGCGCUGCAACGAACACGGCACCUGCAAGGACGGCAAGUGCGAGUGCAGCCCCGGCUGGAACGGCGAACACUGCACCAUCGAGGGCUGUCCCGGUCUGUGCAAUGGCAACGGCAGGUGCACCCUGGGUAACGGCGGCUGGUACUGCGUAUGCCAGCUGGGCUGGAGGGGCAGCGGCUGCGACACCUCCAUGGAGACGGCCUGCGGCGACCUCAAGGACAAUGACGGAGACGGCCUGGUGGACUGCAUGGAUCCGGACUGCUGUCUCCAGGCGACCUGCCACAGCACCUCGCUGUGCGUGGGCUCGCCGGACCCCCUGGACAUCAUCCAGGAGACGCAGGUGUCGUCGGGCAACCAGGGCAGGCUGCAGAGCUUCUACGAGCGCGUGCGCUUCCUGGUGGGCCGGGAGAGCACCCACGUGGUGCGCGGCGCCAGCCCCUUCGACGCCAAGCACGCGUGCGUCAUCCGCGGACAAGUGGUGACCUCGGACGGAACGCCGCUGGUGGGCGUCAACAUCAGCUUCAUCAACAAGCCGGCGUUCGGCUACACCGUCACCAGACAGGAUGGAAGUUUUGACUUGGUCACCGACGGGGGCAUCGCCGUGGCGCUGCACUUUGAGCGCGCGCCGUUCAUCACGCAGGAGCACACCCUGUGGUUGCCGUGGGGACGCUUCUUCGUCAUGGACACGGUGGUCAUGCGCCACGAGGAGAACGACAUCCCCAGCUGUGACCUCAGCAGCUUCGCCCGGCCCAGCCCCGUGGUGUCGCCGGCGCCGCUCACCGCCUUCGCCGGCUCCUGCGCCGAGAGGGGGACGGUGGUGCCCGAAAUCCAGACGCUGCAAGAGGAAGUUCCCAUCCCGGGUACGGACAUGAAGCUGGGCUACCUGAGUAGCAGGACGGCGGGUUACAAGUCCAUCCUGAGGGUGACGCUGACCCACGCGGCCAUCCCGUUCAACCUGAUGAAGGUGCACCUCAUGGUGGCGGUGGAGGGCCGGCUCUUCAGGAAGUCCUUCCCCGCAGGGCCCGACCUCCUCUACGACUUUGUGUGGGACAAGACGGACGUCUAUAGUCAGAAGGUCUACGGCCUGUCCGAAGCUUUUGUGUCUGUGGGUUUCGAGUAUGAAUCAUGUCCCGACCUGAUCUUGUGGGAGAAGAGGACGGCCGUUCUGCAGGGAUACGAGAGCUCAGCCUCCAAGCUGGGCGGCUGGACCGUCGACAAGCACCACGCUUUGAAUAUACAGAGCGGCAUCCUCCACAUGGGCAACGGCGAGAACAUCUUCAUCUCGCAGCAGCCGCCCGUCAUCGGGAGCGUGAUGGGCAACGGCCGGCGCCGCAGCAUCUCCUGCCCGAGCUGCAACGGCAUGGCCGACGGGAACAAGCUGCUGGCCCCCGUGGCGCUGACGUGCGGCUCUGACGGGAGCCUCUACGUGGGCGACUUCAACUACGUGCGGCGGAUCUACGCCACGGGCAACGUCACCAGCGUCCUAGAACUCAGCAACAGCCCGGCCCACAAGUACUACUUGGCCAGCAGCCCGGUGAACGGCGCCGUGUACCUGUCGGACACCAGCAGCCGCAAGGGUGUGCAGCCUACAAAAACAGACGGCAUCACGGUGGAUAAGUACGGCAUCGUCUUCUUUGUGGACGGCACCAUGAUUCGCCGGGUGGACCAGAACGGCAUCAUCUCCACCCUCCUGGGUUUCAACGACCUCACCUCCGCGCGACCCCUCAGCUGCGACUCCGUCAUGGACAUCGCUCAGCUGCGACUCCGUCAUGGACAUCGCUCAGGCAUCACGGUGGAUAAGUACGGCAUCGUCUUCUUUGUGGACGGCACCAUGAUUCGCCGGGUGGACCAGAACGGCAUCAUCUCCACCCUCCUGGGUUUCAACGACCUCACCUCCGCGCGACCCCUCAGCUGCGACUCCGUCAUGGACAUCGCUCAGGUUCGUCUGGAAUGGCCCACCGACCUCGCGGUGAGCCCCCUGGACAACUCGCUGUACGUCCUGGACAACAACGUGGUGCUCCAGAUCUCGGAGAACCACCAAGUGCGCAUUGUGGCAGGCAGGCCCAUGCACUGCCAAGUCCCCGGCAUCGACCACUUCCUCAUGAGCAAGGUGGCCGUCCACGCCACGCUGGAGUCUGCCAACACGCUGGCCGUGUCCCACACCGGCGUGCUGUACAUCGCCGAGUCGGACGAGAAGAAGAUCAACCGGGUGCGGCGGGUGUCCACCAACGGCGAGAUCUCCCUGGUGGCGGGGGCGCCGAGCGGCUGCGACUGCAAGAACGACGCCAACUGCGACUGCUACUCCGGCGACGAGGGCUACGCCAAGGACGCCAAACUGAACGCGCCCUCCUCCUUGGCGGUGUGCCCGGACGGGGAGCUUUACAUCGCCGACUUGGGCAACAUCCGCAUCCGCUUCGUGCGCAGGAACAAGCCAUACCUGAGCCCGCUCAACAUGUACGAGGUGUCGUCGCCCAUCGACGACGAGCUCUACCUGUUUGACGCCAACGGCAGCCACGUGUUCACCCAGAGCCUGACCACGGGCGACCACUUGUACAACUUGACCUACACGGGGGCGGGCGAGCUGAGCACCAUCACGGACAAGAACAAGAACGUGGUGACCGUCCGGCGGGACACCACCGGGAUGCCCCUGUGGAUCAUGACGCCCGACGGGCAGACCUUUUGGUUCACCGUGGGCACCAACGACGCUCUGAAAAGCGUGGCGGCGCAGGGCCAGGUGCUCGCCGUCAUGACGUAUCACGGGAGCUCCGGGCUGCUGGCGACCAAGACCGACGAGAACGGGUGGACCACCUUCUAUGAGUACGACAGUUACGGCCGUCUGACCAACAUCACACACCCGACGGGCCGGGUGAGCAGCUACCGCGCCGACGCCGAUAGCGCCGUCCGCAUCCAGGCGGACGGCGCGGCCAAGGAGGACGUGACCAUCACCACUAACCUGUCUGCAUCAGGCACCUUCUACACACUCAUGCAAGAUCAAGUGCGCAACAGCUACUUCAUCGGCCUGGAUGGCUCCUUGCGGCUGGCCUUGGCCAACGGCAUGGAGGUGUCGCUGCACACGGAGCCCCACCUGCUGGCCGGCACCGUCCACCCCACCGUCAGCAAGCGCAACAUCACGCUCGCCUUGGACAAUGGCCUCAACCUGGUGGAGUGGAGGCAGAGGAAGGAGCAGGCUCGCGGCCAGGUCACCGUCUACGGACGUCGGCUACGGGUUCACAACAGGAACUUGUUGUCCCUGGAUUUUGAUCGAAUCACCAGGACGGAAAAAGUCUACGACGACCACAGGAAGUUCACGCUGCGGAUCCACUACGACCACGCCGGGCGGCCCACGCUCUGGGCCCCCAGCAGCCGCCUCAACGGGGUCAACGUGACCUAUUCGGCCGGGGGUCACGUGGCGGGCAUCCAGAGAGGCACCAUGUCGGUCCGCAUGGAAUACGACCACAAAGGCAGAAUCAACUCCAAGAUAUUUGCGGAUGGUAAAUCGUGGAGCUACACGUAUCUGGAGAAGUCCAUGGUGCUGCUGCUCUACAGCCAGAGACAGUACAUCUUUGAAUUUGACAAGAACGACCGACUGUCCUCCGUCACCAUGCCCAACGUGGCCCGUCAGACCCUGGAGACAGCGCUCUCGGUGGGCUACUACAGAAACACGUACCGGCCUCCCGAGGGCAACUCCUCGGUGCUGCAGGACUACAGCGAGGAGGGCCGGCUGCUGCAGACCACCUACCUGGGCACCGGCCGACGCGUCAUCUACAAGUACGGCAAGCUGUCCAAGCUUCUGGAGAUCCUCUACGACACCACUCGCAUCGGCUUCUCCUACGACGAGGUGGCCGGCAUGCUCAAGACGGUCAACCUGCAAAGCGAAGGCUUCACCUGCACCAUCCGCUACCGCCAGAUCGGGCCGCUGAUCGACCGGCAGAUUUUCCGAUUCAGCGAGGAAGGCAUGGUCAACGCCAGAUUCGACUACGUCUACGACAACAGCUUCCGCGUCACCAGCAUGCAGGCGGUCAUCAACGAAACGCCGCUGCCCAUCGACCUGUACCGCUACGACGACGUCUCCGGCAAGGCCGAGCAGUUCGGGAAGUUCGGCGUCAUCUACUACGACAUCAAUCAAAUCAUCACCACGGCGGUCAUGACGCACACCAAACACUUUGACGCCUACGGUCGCGUGAAGGAGGUGCAGUACGAGAUCUUCCGCUCGCUCAUGUACUGGAUGAUGGUGCAGUACGACAACAUGGGCCGCGUGGUGGCCAAGGAGCUGAAGGUGGGCCCCUACGCCAACACCACGCGCUACACCUACGAGUACGACUCGGACGGCCAACUCCAGGUGGUGUCCAUCAACGACAAGCCCCUGUGGCGCUACAGCUACGACCUCAACGGCAACCUGCACCUCCUCAGCCCGGGCAACAGCGCUCGCCUGACGCCCUUACGCUACGAUAUCCGGGACCGCAUAACCCGCUUGGGGGACGCGCAGUACAGGAUGGACGAGGACGGUUUCCUGCGCCAGCGGGGCAACGACUACUUUGACUACAACUCGGCCGGACUUCUGGCGAAGGUGUACAACAAAGCCAGCGGCUGGAACAUCCGCUACCGCUACGACGGCUUGGGCCGGAGGGUGUCCAGCCGGAGCAGCGUGGGCCACCACCUGCAGUUCUUCUACGCGGACCUGUCCAGCCCCACCCGGGUCACCCACAUGUACAACCACACCAGCUCCGAGAUCACGUCGCUGUACUACGACCUUCAGGGCCACCUGUUUGCCAUGGAGCUGAGCAGCGGCGACGAGUUCUACGUGGCCUGCGACAACAUCGGCACGCCUCUGGCCGUGUUCAGCGGCUCGGGUCACAUGAUCAAGCAGGUGCUCCACACGGCGUUCGGCGAGAUCUACCUGGACACCAACCCCGGCUUCCAGGUCAUCAUCGGCUACCAGGGCGGCCUGUACGAGCCCCUCAGCAGGCUGGUGCACAUGGGCCGCAGGGACUACGAUGUCCUCGCCGGCCGCUGGACCACGCCCGACCACGACGUGUGGAAACGUCUAAACAGCGGCCACAUUGUGCCGUUCAACCUGUAUAUGUUCAAAAACAACAACCCGCUCAGCAACAAUGAGGAGAUCAAGUGCUACAUGACGGAUGUGAACAGCUGGCUGGUGACCUUCGGCUUCCAGCUCUACAACGUCAUCCCGGGCUAUCGCAAGCCAAACACGGAGACGGUGGAGCCGUCCUACGAAUUGCUCCGCACGCAGAUCAAGACGCAGGAGUGGGACAGCACCAAGUCGCUGCUUGGUGUCCAGUGCGAAGUCCAGAGGCAGCUGAAGGCCUUCGUGAAGCUGGAGCGCUUCGGCCAGAUCUACGACGCCAAGAGCGCCGGCUGCCCCCAGGCCGAGGCCAAGACGGCGUUCGCCUCGGCGGGCUCCAUCUUCGGCAAGGGCGUCAAGUUCGCCAUCCGGGACGGCCGCAUCAGCACGGACAUCAUCAGCCUGGCCAACGAGGACGGGCGUCGCAUGGCGGCCGUGCUGAACGACGCCGUCUACCUGGAAGCGCUGCGCUACACCGUGGCCGGCAUGGACACGCACCACUUUGUCAAGCUGGGCUCGGUGGAGGGCGACCUGGGCCUCAUCGGCAUGGCGGUGGGCCGGCGCACGCUGGAGAACGGCGUCAACGUGACGGUGUCCCAGGUGAACGCCGUGCUCAACGGCCGCACCCGCCGCAUCACCGACAUCCAGCUGCAGUACGGCGCGCUCAGCCUCAACACGCGCUACGGCAGCAGCGUGGACGAGGAGAAGGCGCGCGUGCUGGAGGCGGCGCGCCAGCGCGCCGUGGCGCAGGCGUGGGCGCGCGAGCGCCAGAGACUCCGCGACGGCGAGGAGGGCUCGCGCACCUGGACCGAGGGCGAGAAGCAGCAGCUGCUGGGCUCGGGGAAGGUGCAGGGCUACGACGGCUAUUACGUGGUGUCCGCCGAGCAGUACCCCGAGCUGGCCGACAGCGUCAACAACGUCCACUUCAUGAGACAGAGCGAAAUGGGCCGCAGGUGACAUGAACGCGCUUGCGUGGCCCGACGGACUCUCGCGGAUGACGGUGGACCUCUUGCCAAAGACAAUUCGGUACGCCGCCCGUUUGUUUGUUUGUGUGUGCAGCUUGGUUUCGAAUAGAAAAUCUGAACAAAAGAAAAAAAAAAAAACAAAAAAAAAACAAUAAGACAAAAACAAUGGGGUGCGUUGAAUACGUGUGAUCGUCCCUGACAGUUUCAAUCGGCAAUCAGAAAUCAAAAACUGGAAAAGCGACUGAUAGUUGUGAUUCGGGUUGUUGUUUUUUUUCCAACAGCCAAAAAAAGAAAGACAGAUUUUUAAUAUUUUCGUCUCAGAUGGAAACUAUGAAAUUGAAAAUCCAUCCACAAAACGCAAAUAUAUUUCAAUCGUUUGUUCCGUCGAUAAAUGGAAAAAUUCGCUACAUUUUUAUUUUGUACAUUACAAAACAUUCGUGAUAAAA